UUCUGUAAUUAUUUUUAUGAUUAAUCUAUGUUUAGUACUUCAAAUGUAGAAAGAUGAUUUUUCAAAAAUUUUACAACGCGCAACAAAACACGGCCCGAGUUACCAUACAUCUCUCCUCUUUGGCCUUGCUGCCAUCUAUCCUGGCCGCCGCCUCGGCUCGCGCUACAUAUAUUGCAAAGCCCGCAGCUGGCUAGGCCGCGACACGAACCAGCAAGCGCCAUCCAACUUCUCCGCCUCCUCGCAACAAACACCUCUUGAUCGGCACGACACCACGACUCUAGUACGUACCCGUCGGCGAGGAUCGAUCGAUGGGCGAGGCCGGCGCGGCGGGGGCGGCGGUGCGGGUGCUCGCGGUGUCGCGCGUCGCGCCGGCUGAUGAUGCUGGGAGCGGCGGCGGCGCCGGCGAGGCGCGGGUGAAGCUGUCCUUCUUCGACACGGCGUGGGUCGUGCUGCCGCCCAUCCAGCGGGUCUUCCUCUACGACCUGCCAGGCGGCGACGGCGCGGACGAGUUCCCUGCGGCGGUGAGGCGGCUCAAGGACGCCCUCGCCGCCACGCUGGCGCUCUACCGCCCGCUGGCCGGGAACCUCGCCUACGUCGCCGAGACCGGGGACGUCGUCGUGGACUGCGCCGCCGGCGGCGACCCCGGGGUGGCCUUCGUCGAGGCCGAGGCGGCGGCGCCCGACGACGACGGCGGCGGCGGCAUGGACGUGCGCCGGCUGGCGGGCGACGAGGCGCACGACAUCCCGGCGUUCCUGGCCCUCGUCCCGGGCCACGACACCAGGGUGCUCCCGGCGCCCGUGCUGUCCGUGCAGGCCACGCGCCUCCCCGGCGGCCGCGGCCUCGCGCUGGGGCUCUCCGUGCACCACGCCGUCGCCGACGGCCAGGCCGUCUGGCGCUUCGUCGGCGCGUGGGCCGCCGCCGCGCGCGAGGGGUCGCCGGUCACCAAGGUGCUCGGCCCGCCGCACUACGACCGGGCGGCCGUCCACGUCCCCAACGGCGACGAGUUCGCCCGCGAGAUGCUCAGGAAGGUCGCGCCUAACCUCCCCGUGACCAACACGGCGAUGGACUACGACUUCAGCCAGCGCUUCCGGCUGGGCCGCCGCACCUUCUACCUCGCCGCCGACGACAUCCGGUCCCUGAAGCACCGCAUCGAUGCGCUCGCCGCCGCCAACGAUGCUGCCGCCGGCGACAGCGCCACCACCACCACCACCAAGAAGAAGAAGCCGGUGUCGACGUUCGUGGCGCUGGCGGCGCUGGGCUGGACGGCGUUCGUGCGCGCCAAGGCUCUCGCCGCCGGGGACGACACGUACCUGGUCUUCCUGGCGGACCUGCGCGCGCGGCUGGACCCGCCCGUGGGCGACGGCUACCUCGGCAACUGCAUCAAGGGGUGCCUAGCGAUGGCCGACGCCGGGGACCUCCUCGGCGGCGACCGCGGGCUCCUGGCCGCGUGCCGGGCCAUCCAGGCGGCGGUGGCGGAGAUGGAGGCGGCGCCGCUGGCCGGCACGGAGCGGUGGCUCCAGAGGAUGAUGACGCUGCCGUUCCAGCGGCUGUGCAACGUGGCGGCGAGCCCGCGGUUCCGCGUGUACGAGGCGUCGGACUUCGGGUUCGGGCGGCCGGCGCGCGUGGAGCUUGUGUCCAUGAACCACGACGGGGAGAUGGUGCUCGUCGGCGGAAGGGAGGACGGCGAGGUGCAGGUGUCCGUGUCGCUGGACCCCGCGCGCAUGGAGGAGUUCAAGGCGCACGUCCUCGGCCACCGCUCCGCCGCUCCGGCGGCGGCGAGCUGAUCGAACUGAAUUGAUGGAGGCGGAUCGACGACGACGUCAACCAUGCAGUCAAGCAACCGUUACCGUAGCAGUGUUAAUUUCUCCGUUAGAUUGUUCCAUCUUUGCGUUGUAAUAAUCGAUUCGACACACACGAUCAUGUCAAGAAUUGCUAGCCGCAUCAGUAGUAUCAUGAACAGUUUAUUUGUC